AUGGCCCAGCUGAAAUUUGCCAUCAUUCCAGGACAGAACCCAGGGGAGACCAUCACCCAGUUUAUACAGAGAAAAUUAACUCCUAAACCGGACCAUGUCAAACCCUGCCACCAGGUUCUGGAAAGUCUAGUCCAGUUCUUACAAAGGAAGGAAGCGCCUUUCAACGUAAAAACAAUCCUCAAGGGUGGUUCGUUCGGCAAAGGCACAUCAGUGAGGGGAAAUUCUGACCUCGACCUCAUCCUCUUCCUCAAUGACUACCCCACUGUGGCCGCCCUCAAGAAGGACCUGCCUAUGGUUCUGCACCAGGUGAAGUCUUACGUACAGACCCACGCUCACUGGGCCGAGGAGCUCAUGUUCAGGCGAGUUACUCGACUCUCAGUCCAGUUUUAUCUCAGAAUCCCAGACCUGGACGAAGUGCAUCAAGUGGAAAUAUUUCCGGCGGUUCACGUAACGGAAACGACUUCCAAAGACAACAUUUACGAAGUGAUGAAAGAAAACCAAGAACUGCAGGAUUAUUUUAUGAGCUCCUUGGCUCCUCUACAAAUAGCAUUUGUUUCUCAAGUUCCAUCCAAAGUCAAAGAUUUAAUUCGACUGUUCAAGUAUUGGGCGCAGGUGGAGAGGGUUCCAGUGAAAUUGUACUUCAUCGAGCUGCUGGUGAUAAACCAUUGGGUGACAGACGGCAAGCCCCACAACUUCGACAUGGACAUCUACGUCAAACAGCUACUACAGCAGCUGGCUGACUGUAGGUCGCUGGCCAUUUCGUUUAGUGACAACUACAACUACAAACUGUACAGAAACGACUUACGUGCACCGUAUGUUCUGGACCCAGCCAACCCUUUCCAGAACGUGGCGCCCUCUGUUGGUGACGUCACCACAGUGUGUCAGUGUGCUAUCGUCGUACUAAAUGAGAGACUUAAAUAUGGAGCUAAGCCAUAG